GGGGGCCUGGGCAGGUUCUCGGGCUGUGUGUAUGGGGGACGGGGGCAUGAGGCUGUCCAUGUAGUGUCUAUAAUUCUCCCACCCAACCCCACCCAUGACAAUAUGGACCUUUCAGAGCAGAGACACCACCAUGAUCCCCUGCACAAGGGGAGGCAAAGGGAAGGGAUCGGGGGAUGGGUGCAUCUGUGCCCCCUGGUCCAGCUCCACAUAACACCAGGCAUCCCCUCCCGACAGCAGGGAGCACUGGGAGGGGGGUGGGGUCUAGUGGUUGGAGCAGGGACGCCUGGGAGUCAGGACUCCUGGGUUCUCUCCUGGCUCUGGGAUGGUAGUACGUCUAGUGGUUAGAGCGGGGGGGGGGGAGGAGGGGGAGAUCUGGGAGCCAGGACUCCUGGGUUCUAUGCCUGGCUCUGCUGUGUCAUUUCUCCUCUGUUGCUGCACAGUCAUAGCUCCCAGCUAUAGGGUGUCACAGAGGCUGCCACAUCCCCUUCGUGUGGUCACAGAUUCACCGGCGGGCUUCUCAGAAACCCUCCUGCCGCAGUUGCUGUGAUCGGGGCCCAUGGUUUGUCUUCCCACCCUGCUCACAGCUGGGCCACCCUGAGAAAGAUCAAAAGACCAUGUUCCCACCCACCACCCAGAGCAGUUGCUGUCACACACGGCCCCCAGCACAGAGACACGGGCAGGGAGCUGAGCGAUGAUGGGCCCAGAUGAGUAAGAGCCCCAGAUGUGCCCAGCUGUGAGCCAGCACCCGGAGCAACCCUGGAUCCUGCAGGACGCAUCCCCACACCGGGGUCUUCUCUGUCCAUCAUCCGUCCAGCUGUGCAGGCACCCAGUUGCUGGGCUGACGCACGGCCUGUCUUUCCCCACAGCCUGUGAGGUCAGCUGUGGUUGAACAGAGUCUGAACCUGCUACUCAGAUGAGUGCGUAUACGUGACCUGCAGGUUUCCUGCUGGGUCUAUAAAUCACCUAGGACUGAGGCAGAUGCACCAUCCCCUUCCCCAGAUGGCUCUGAUAAUGCAGUUUCUUCUCCUGCUCCCCAUGGCUUUUUUCCUGCCUCCUGGGGCUCUGGCUGGGUGGAUCACUGGGGGAAAGGAAGCCCGGUCUCACUCCAAACCCUACAUGGCUUUCCUCAACAUCAGCAUGAAGCAUAGGCACAAAAGGUGUGGAGGAUUCCUGAUCCAAAAGGACUUUGUGCUGACGGCUGCGCACUGUGACCUAGGAAAAAUCGUGGUGUAUCUGGGAGCUCACAAUGUGACCAAGCGGGAGCGGAGCCAGCAACGCCUGGCCGUCCGAAGGAAAAUCCCCCACCCGAAAUACAACAAGAAGACAUGGGAGAAUGAUCUCAUGUUACUCAAGCUGAAGGGCAAAGCAAAGCUGACAAAGGCUGUGCAGCUCAUCCCCCUGCCCGAGGACGGUGAAGAGGUGAUGCCAAGAGACAUCUGCAACGUAGCGGGCUGGGGGAAUACCCGGGCCAGGGGGUUUUCCCUGCCAAGCACGCUGCAGGAGGUCAACUUGAAGGUGCUAGAGGCGGACAGGUGCACGCGCUACCCCCGUUUCGUCCCCAACUCCAUGAUCUGCGUGGGCGACCCCAGGGAAGUCGAGAAAUCAUCCUUUCAGGGCGAUUCCGGGGGCCCUCUGGUCUGUGACGGGACAGCCCAGGGCAUCGUCUCUUUUGGCAAAGAUGACGGGUCCCCCCCCAGGGUGUUCACCAGGGUCUCGGCGUACGUCCCCUGGAUCAAGAAAACAAUGAGAAAGCUGUAGGAUUAACCUUAGACAAGCACCUUCUUUGCUCUCUGCCUCAGUUUCCCAGCUGUAAAAGGAGUGUUACAAUCCUCACUUAGCUCCCAAGUGAUAAAUCCAUACAGCUAUGUAUGGAGCCCAGUUACUAUGGUGAUGGGCUCAUGGUAAAGCCAAUCAAUAAAUAGUGUCUUCUUGGUG